AUUAAGCACCUUGUUGGGUGCAGUAAAACCUCCCACCGUUUUGACAACUAUUUUUAUAAAAACAUGCCUCCCAGCAAACUUGACAGUCUCUAUCGGCGAAUGCUUAUUACAAGAUUUUUUGAGAAGGGAUGGGGCAAGCCUGAAAACUUACAUAGAGUAUUUCAGUUCCGGAAAAUAAUAUCGUGCCGGGAAACAUGUUUUAAACUCGUACCACGUGACUAUCCAGUGGAAAUAACUAAGAAGAAGACAUAUUCUGAUUCGACUCUGAUAGAAGGCAAUUUUACAACCCCUCUCGAGCUGCAUAUGCCGGGAGUCGUUCCAGAAGCAGCCCAACAAGCUCACUUUCAAUUAUUAUUACCAAACAAGUGGAAUGAUGAACACCACAAACCAAUAUGCAUUCAUUUAGCAGGUACUGGAGAUCAUUUUUUUUGGCGCCGAAGAAACUUUAUUGCAAAACCUUUAUUGAAAGACGCAAACAUUGGAUCUAUUAUACUAGAAAAUCCAUUUUAUGGACUACGUAAACCAGACGAUCAAAUUCGAUCGAAUUUGCAUAAUGUUUCUGACAUAUUUGUUAUGGGUGGCUGUCUGAUACUCGAAUGUCUUGUAUUAUUGCAUUGGUGUGAAAGGAAUGGAUUUGGUCCACUGGGAAUCACUGGCUUAUCAAUGGGAGGUCAUAUGGCAUCUUUAGCUGCUACGAACUGGCCGAAGCCUUUAGUCCUAGUCCCCUGCUUAUCUUGGUCAACUGCAUCGGCUGUUUUCACCACUGGAGUUAUGAGUCAAUCAAUUAAUUGGGACAUGCUGGAGACGCAGUAUUACUCUGAUGGCCAAUAUAGGGAACGUCUAUCAAAAAUGGUUACCAUCGUUGACGAUGCUUUUACAGCUGGUCAAAAUUUUAUACAAAAUUUUAAUAGAUCGCUGCACGAGCUCAAAGAGGAUAUUGAUGAUACCAGAAAAAUACAGUCUCUCCAAUGUGAGACGCAUAACAAUUCGGUUGAGGAUGGGAAUAAUUCAAUAUUUUUAUCUAAAUCACUUGAGCUCAAUCAAAUGGACCCGAACCGUGAGCCUGUGCCAUUAAAGGAUAUGCUCGAUAAAAACGUAUCAUGUAAUUCUAAUUUAACUCUAAUACAACCGGACACGGCCGAGCGAUCGGCGCUGACGAAACUAAUGAAAUUUAUAUUGCCCGCGUCGUCUCAGAGUAAAAGUAAGAAAAUUGACAUCACCAAAACGAAUUGGUGGGAGAGAGAGGCACUGCAAUUUAUGAGAGGAAUGAUGGAUGAGUGCACACAUUUAAAGAACUUCUCCGUACCCUUCGACACCUCCCUCAUCAUAGCAGUGUGUGCAAGAGAUGAUGCGUACGUACCGCGAGAUGGAUGCUCGAAUCUCGAGGACAUAUGGCCAGGAGCUGAAGUAAGGUAUUUAGAUGCUGGACAUGUGAGCGCCUAUGUCUUACACCAAAAAUUGUUUCGAUCAUGUAUUAUUGAGGCUUUUGAUAGAGCUAAAAAAGUUUACGAGAAAGCAAACUAUAAAGAUUUAUCAACUGCUUUUAAAUAAAAGUGAAAAGUAAGCAUAAAAUA